UAUCUGGUUGGCAGUUUACUUCAUUCCAACGCCUUCACCCCUAACAGUAACAACACACAUAAAUAAAAGUUUGACCUAACUGAUUUUUUAGCUACAGCAGUCCAAAAUGAGUGAUGAAGAAGCACCUGGUGAGGGAGGUGAGGAGUCUCCGGGAGCAGCGGAGCCAGCAGAGGCCGCGGCACCACCACCAGAUACAACCACCGCUGAGCCCGUGGAUACCACCACUUCAGGAGCCCGACUGAUGAUGCACCACCCCUGGUUGGCGGCCGCUGCGGUGGCCGUCUAUGCCACCAAGGUCAUGUGGGUCAAGUUCCGCGAACUCGGCUUGGCCAAACAGAAAAAGCAGCUCAAGAAUCAAAACAAAAAGUCAAAGCCUCUGCAGGAUGUCGAAGAAAAUAGUUCUGAAUCCGGGUCUGAGGCAGAGACUGAUGCAGAAGACGAAGAUGAUAUCCGAAACGUUCAGGAUGUGGAUCUUCAGUCAGAAAUACCACCGAAUCUGGUUGAUUUAGACGAUCCGAAUGGGAAUCAUCGAUCAAUUGAAGUUCCGCCCGCUGACUUUUGACACUCAAAUUCGGGGAUGAAGGACCAUCGAAGGACACUACACAAAAACACACUACAAGGACACUAAUUGUUGUAAUGCUUGCGAUUUACGUAGGGGAGGAUCCAGCCACACCCCAUUGGGGGACACAAAUUGUUAGUUCUGAAACAUUACCGAAAAUUCUUGUAAAACCAUUCAACAUUGUGUUUGUAAAAUGUUUUCUGUAAAUGCUGCGAUGAGAAAAACGAAUUUUGUAAAAUAAACCCAUUGAACUAAAAUUGCGUA